AUGGUUCGUUCUACAGAGGUGGUUCAACAAUCAAGAAUACGUCACAAGGAAGAUUUCGUUAUAGCAUUCUCGCCUAUCGUCGCCGAAGCCUCCUCUAUAGCAUACAAGGGCGCGCCUGCAGAGAUCCAGGCGAAACUUCGGCGCGUGAUCGAUGUCUGGAAAGACAGAUCUAUCUUCGAGGCACCGAUUCAGAGGGCCAUCGAGUCUCGCCUUGACGAACUUGACAAAGCUCGCGGGGCUCCAAAAUCUGGUUUCUCCGGUUCGCCGUUCGGAAGUUCUUCUGUGCCAUCCGAGUUCAGCCCUUUGAUCGCAGCCCAUCAGAAGACGGUUAAACUUAGCGGGCCGUUGCAGACUACGAUCUCUUCUGCAAACCAGGAAUAUGAUAAACAAAUGGACCCAAAUGUCGCAGUACCGUCCGCUCCAGUGUAUGCAGCCCGUCUAAAUGGUCUGCUCAAAACACUAGCAAACGCAGAAAGCGCCGUCGCAGAGUGCGUGAAAGCCCGCGAACAUUUGGUAUUGGGUUUGGAGAAGCUGUUGGAUGAAAGUCGAUCUGCUCUAGAGGCCGACAAAAGUGCAGCUGGCGAGUUACUCAAGAGGAAAGCGGAGAUUGAAGACAAAAAGCAGCAGGUAGAGGUCGCGAUCAUGCGAGCCUUGGGACCUACCGAGAGCAAUGGUCAGCCGGGAGAGGGUGACACUGGAAGCCCUCACAACGAACUAGACAGGCCAGAGAUGGAGGCUCUCACUCCACCUCAGAUGGAAGAUGAGGACGCGGAUGAACCGGUCGAGGCAUCCGAGACGGCGAACAUUUUGUCCUCUACAGAACAAGACUCAACACACUCAUUUCAGUCAAUACCUGUUUCAACAAACGGUUCGAAGAAGAGACGGCGGGUAGAUGAUUCGGAAGACUUCCCUGACUUCGGAGGCGAUGAUGGUAUCGAACCUGAGGUAGCCGAAAUGUUGAAGGAUAGCACCGAGACGUGA